AUGGCUGUGGCCGACGCUAACUACAAUUUCGUCUACGUGGACAUUGGGGCAUCCCCAGAUGGCAAAGUGGAUAUUUUCCUUGAUCUGCUUGACUCCUGCCUUAAUUAUCUGCUAAAUGCUCUCAAUCCCCAGAAAAUAGUCCUAUGUGGAGAUUUUAAUAUUCACCUCGAGUGUCACUCCAGAGACGAGGAACUCUUCUCUAACCUGCUUCGUAGCUAUGGACUAUAUUUCACCACCAGACAACCAACUCGUGAGCAAGCGUGCCUCGAUUCCAUAGCUACCAACGUUGACUCCUGGGACUGGGAAGUGUGCAUAAGGGAACCUGUUGUGGCUGACCACAGUGCAGUUCUGGUUACAAUAAACUCUAACAAGGUAAGCCCCUGCUCAAAUAAACCUGCUUGGUAUGCAAAGUAUGUUGCUGCUAAAAGAUCUAUAAAUGAUAAUGAUAUGCCUCUAUUGUGUCACAAAUUGCUGCAUGCUUUUAGGGCCAUCCCAAAUGCAGAUAAUUGUCCUGAGCCUGAGGUAGCUUUUAACAUCUUUUUUGAUAAUUUCAUGGACAAUUUCAACCAAAUCUUCCCUCUCAAAGUCAUGAAGGCCAAGCCCCGUUCCAGUAACAAAACUCAUACUGAUAAAUCCUGGUACACCCAGGAACUGGCCAAACUACGUUCUUACAUAUGUAUUCUUCAUGAUUUUUAUAAGACGUCUACUGUCCCUGAACGGAAAGAAAGACUCUAUGCUUUAUAUCGUCAAACCAAAAGACUCCAUCGUUGUAAAGUAAACGAAGCGAAAAAAGAUUCUAAUGUGUUAAAGAUAAAAGAGGCGUCCAACACUUGUAAAGCAGCAUGGGACAUUAUAAAUUCUCACAGGUCUCCUAAACCUAAAACCGUAACAGCAGGUUCCCCUGAUGAUUUUAACAAUUUUUUCUCAGAAAUAGCUAACAAAGUUGUGGAUGAUUUACCUAUUUUGCAGACUGACCCAGCGGACUCUCUACUGGAUGUAACAUCAUUUUGCAGCCUAAAUCAUUGGAAUCAGGUGAGCCCUAGUUUCAUUAUUAAACUAGUUAAAGGUUUCAAAAACUCAAAUAGCCAGGAUGUUUUCGGUGUCUCCUGCUCUGUUUUGAAGGCUGUCACGCACACCAUCGUGGACCCACUCACGACUGUCGUAAAUCUCUGUCUGAGAAGCGGCUGCUUCCCUGACGCGCUCAAGACUGCACGAGCCAUCCCAGUAUUCAAGAAAGGUGACCCCUCACUGCUGUCCAACUACAGGCCUAUUGCCAUACUGCCUGCCCUCUCUAAAGUCAUAGAGUCUGUAAUGAAGAUACAAUUAAUAAAGUACUUUGAAUCUAAUCACCUACUUGCAGAUGCCCAACAUGGCUUUCGGAAAGGACGAUCUACCACAACGGCCCUCUCUAGCUUGGUCGAACAAAUUGCAGACGCUUUUGAAGCUAAGGACUCAGUUCUGCUAAAUAUGUGUGACCUGAGUAAAGCGUUCGAUGUAGUAUCGCAUAAAAUUAUUGUCUCUAAGCUUAAGAAGUAUGGGGUAACUGGCGUGGUCCUGCAAACCAUCAUCUCCUAUCUAGAAGGUAGAAAGCAGGUUGUCUCUCUCGGUGGUGCGACUUCUGGGGUGAAGCUUUUGAGACAUGGAGUUCCCCAAGGCUCGGUUCUUGGCCCCCUCCUCUUCACUAUCGUCAUUAAUGAUCUGGCCUUAAACAACAAAACAUUGCUUUUUGCAGACGACACCACACUGGUCACCAGAGGCAGGGAUCUAAACCAGCUAAGUGCCGACGCAGAAUGCCUUCUGUUUUAUGCAAAGGAGUGGUUCAGCCAGAAUCUACUCAAAAUAAACGAUGACAAAACACAAACACUGCUAUGCACACUUAAGCCAAACUACUUGGGCGAGGAAGCCGUCAAACUCUUGGGAUUCUGGAUUGACUCCAAGUUAAGUUGGAAACAACACAUUGGCCAGAUCCAAAAGGGCUACCCUUACUAUACCAGCAGGCUCUACAACACACUCCCAUCUGAAGUGCGUGAGUUGGACGUGAAAGCUUUUAGAGACAAACUGAAGGACUAUUUGGUGCGCAGACCUCUCUAUUCGUUGACUGAGCUAGAGGACACACCACUUUUUGGCAACCCACCGCCAUCAUAA